CCCUGACGCCUGACGUGUCACGAGAGAGAAGAGACGGUGCGGCUGCUUCUUCUUCGCCCUUGUCUCGCCGAUUCCAUAUAAGCUGCGCCGCUCCUUUUCGGAUCUCCCCGCAGAGAAAGUGGGAGGAAAAAAAGCAACACAGGAAGAAGAAUCCAGAACCGCUUCUCCGCCGCGCCCAUCACCCGCUAAGCCCGCCGUUUGCGCUUCCCGACAAAUGGUCUCGCUCUCUUCUCCGCCCCCGCCGCCGCCGCGGGCGGAGGAGCUGCAGGGAGGGAGGCCGCCGAUCCCGCCCUACGUGAAGGCGGCGGCGGGGUCGCUCGGCGGCGUGAUGGAGGCGUGCUGCCUGCAGCCGAUCGACGUGGUCAAGACCAGGCUGCAGCUCGACCGCUCGGGCGCCUACCGCGGCAUCGCGCACUGCGGCACCACCGUCGCGCGCGCCGAGGGCGUGCCCGCGCUCUGGAAGGGGCUCACGCCCUUCGCCACCCACCUCACGCUCAAGUACGCGCUCCGCCUCGGCUCCAAUGCCGUGCUGCAGUCCGCCUUCAAGGACCCCGACACCGGCAAGGUCUCCGCGCAGGGACGCCUCGCCUCUGGGUUCGGCGCCGGCGUCCUCGAGGCCCUCGUCAUUGUUACCCCAUUCGAGGUAGUAAAAAUUAGAUUACAGCAGCAAAAAGGGCUAAGCACAGACCUGCUUAGAUAUAAAGGGCCCAUACACUGUGCCAAGACAAUUGUUCGGGAGGAAGGCCUUUUUGGUUUAUGGUCUGGAGCAUUACCAACUGUCAUGCGAAAUGGCACAAACCAGGCAGCAAUGUUCACAGCGAAGAACACAUUCGACAUUUUUCUCUGGAAGAAGCAUGAAGGAGACGGAAAGGUUCUCCAGCCAUGGCAGUCUAUGGUCUCUGGGUUCCUUGCGGGAACUGCAGGGCCAAUCUGCACUGGACCCUUUGAUGUCGUGAAGACUAGGUUGAUGGCUCAGGGGAGAACCGGCGACAUCAAGUACAAGGGCAUGGUCCAUGCAAUACGGACAAUACAUGCUGAAGAGGGCCUCCGAGCCCUGUGGAAAGGCUUGCUUCCCAGGCUCAUGAGGAUUCCACCUGGUCAGGCUAUAAUGUGGGGAGUGGCUGAUCAGGUGAUAGGCCUCUAUGAGCGGACAUAUUUGCAGUCAGCUCAUGUGUGACCCCCAUACUUCAAAGCAACACUGAAAUUUUUGGUAAGUCUUCGUCAUUUUGAAUUGGUGGCGGCACACGGAAACCGUCAAAGUAACUGUUCCAGUGCCUGAUAUUCAUUGGUUCAUUGCUAAGAGUUGGGUUUUGGCGGGAGCAAUGAACUCAUGUACUUUAGUUGUCAAUAAUGUCUAAACCCCUUCCAAUUUUGAUAAAAACGAUGUUCUGAUGACUGUGUUGGGUGUGAUCUGAAAUAGCAUAGAUCUGCUACUGUGCU